AUGGCGUUUGCGGCUGCCCGUAUGAUUUUGAAAGACAAAAGAAGGAAGGCGUCGAAAGAAGACUUCAGGGACCCCAGAAAUAGAAGCAAGGCCCGGAGCGCUAGCACCAGUAGCUUUAGGAGUGUAAGUCAGGCGCGGAACAAGCCGGCAGAUGGCGGGGGUCAUGUCAAUCAGAAGAACGCGGCGGGACAGAAAGCUACGACACCGUGUCAGAAAGGUAUACUUCUUGUUCGUGGUCCAAAAACACCGGUCAAGCCGUCGGCCCAGAAAGGUGCGGCGAAGACUGCGCCCCCCAAGCAGGCGGCGGCGGCGGCAGCAGUCAAGACCCCCCAGGGGAAAAAGAAGAAAGGUCACAAGCAUCAGCAGUACGAACUCAUAGUCACUAUUAACCUGUCGGAAUAUGGCCUUACAGAGGAGCAAGUGGCAGAGUUCAAAGAAGCAUUCAUGUUGUUCGACAAAGAUGAAGAUGGAACCAUCACGAUGGCGGAACUUGGCGUCGUCAUGAGAUCGCUGGGACAGAGGCCUUCAGAGACUGAACUACGAGACAUGGUGAAGGAGGUGGACCAAGAUGGGAAUGGUACUAUCGAGUUCAACGAAUUCCUCCAAAUGAUGUCCAAAAAGAUGCGCGGGGCUGAUGGAGAAGACGAGCUUAGAGAGGCAUUCAGGGUAUUUGAUAAGAACAACGACGGUCUGAUAUCAUCCGUGGAGCUCCGUCACGUGAUGACCAACCUGGGGGAGAGGCUGAGCGAGGAGGAAGUGGACGACAUGAUCCGCGAGGCAGACCUGGACGGCGACGGCAUGGUCAACUAUGAUGAGUUCGUGACAAUACUGACGUCAAAAAACUAGUAUGCAGAGCAUGGGCCGGAUAGAGAUCCUCCCCCACCGCCGACACAGUGCCCUUACGGGGAUUUACAUAAGUUCGGAGGGAAAGAAACUCUUAUAUAAUUGCAAACGGCAAACUGUUACUGAAGUGUUAGCUAAUAACGCGUUAUUUCGUCGGCGGUAUCGUUAUAACCGUUAUUAAUAGAUCGCGCUUGGUGGCAGUGUAUACGUACAUGUAUUUAGAUGUAUUUAAUUUAUGUUUUGUCAAAUUUUGUAAGUUUGGUGGUAAAGACUUAAAAGUUUUCAUCGUUGCCUGAUGCAAGUUCCGCUGUUUUAGAAAUCGUAUAAUUACGUUUGAAAAAAAAUAUUUUACUAAACGUCCAUGUGUGUAGUUCAAAAUAUAUACUAAAAAUAUGAAUACUUAACAAAUUAUAAAUAGACACUGCAAUGUUUAUUUAUUUUUAAAAUUUCGUUUAAAUUUAUUUAUUCGCCUUAACUAACAUGAAAACAAAAUUUUAUUAGUAAUUAUUUUUUCAUCAUUUUUACUCAUUUUCAUCAUUAUCAUAAUUUUUUAAUUAACUUAAAUAUUAAUAUCCAUUAUCUUAAUUUCAAUAUUUUAUUAAAAAUAUACGGAAAGCAGGGUUCUCUGCAAUCUCAAGGUUAUUACGAUUUAUUUAUACCAUAAAAAAGUAAGAACUUUAUAUUAACUUAUUAUAUAGUAGUACCUAAAAUAUUAUACAUAUUUUACAUAACUUGAACCACUCAAUAUAAAAUAUGCAUUUUACAAUUUUCAAUUAUUUGCUAUAUACAAUUCAAGUAAUGUAAAAUGCUGAUAGAAUCUAAAAAAGAUAGAAUAGUCAGUGACAAUUGUAGUAUAGAUACUUAAUUUUUAUGUGAAAAGGUUUUUUAUUUAUGUAACAGGUAUUCAACAACACAUUUCCAAAAAGUAAUAAAACAAAAAUAUGUAUGUGAAUUUAAAGUUUGUUUUAGUAUCAGUUAUAAAAUGGUGUAAUCAAACAUAAAAAUUAGGUUAUUCGAGCUAAUAUUAUGAAUACGAAUUAACAAAAGAAUAUACCUAUUUAAUUUAUUUCAAAAACAACUUUCGUUAUAAAAGCGUAUAGUAUUUAGAUAUAUAAUAGUGAAUCUAAAAUACUGUAAAUUAAGAAUAAAACUUAACCUAACCAAUCUAAAGUAAUAGUUGUAAAGAAAAUUGGGUUGUGUCGACAUUUUUGUAAUAAAUAAAAUAUAAUAUUGGGAUAAAUAAAAUAGAUUCCGUAUGUAGAUCGAAGACAAAAAUAUAUGGAACCAGUCAAUUGCUCAACGAAUAUUGACCAAUUUUUUUUUCUCCAAUCAUUACAUAAUUAUUUCGCCGAUAACAUUCUUGCAAAUGUAUGUACAGGAGUUCCGUAUUAGUAUUUUUUUGGCAACCAAUAAAAAGGAAUUUAAGUGCGAGUUGGUCAAACUUUAUAUUUAAAUUGAUUCUUGUAAAUAUUGUUUCAACAUAAAAAUUUGCAUCUCGAAUUCCAUGGAUUAUAUACAUCUACAUAAAAUUAAGACUCUUUCCUGAAGGCGUAGGCAAAUACUACAUCAAUCCACUUGCUAUAAACUCUAUAUACUUACUGGAAGAUCAUAU